CCAAGGUGGCCCUGACAUGUCCCCAGGGCCCAGGCAGUGAUGACCACUGAGUGAGUGGCCCUGGGCCGAGCCUGGACACUCGGUUUAUAAGAGGGAUGCUAGCAGUGCGGAAAGCCAGGAGGAAACUCAGGAUGGGGACCAUCUGCUCCCCGAACCCCAGCGGGACAAAGACGGCGUCGGAGGUCUGCAACGCCGACUGGAUGGCCUCGCUGCCCCCUCACCUCCACAACGUCCCCCUUUCCAAUCUGGCGAUCCCAGGCUCCCACGACUCGUUCAGCUACUGGGUGGAUGAGAAGUCCCCCGUGGGACCCGACCAAACCCCAGCUAUCAAGCGGCUCGCCAGGAUCUCCCUGGUGAAGAAGCUGAUGAAGAAGUGGUCUGUGACCCAGAACCUGACGUUUCGAGAGCAGCUGGACGCUGGGAUCCGCUACUUCGACCUGCGGGUGUCCUCCAAGCCGGGGGACACUGACCAGGAGAUCUAUUUCAUCCACGGGCUGUUUGGCAUCAAGGUCUGGGAUGGGCUGAUGGAGAUGGACUCGUUUCUGACCCAGCACCCCCAGGAGAUUAUCUUCCUGGAUUUCAACCACUUCUACGCCAUGGAUGAGGCCCAUCACAGAUGCCUGGUCCUCAGGAUCCAAGAGGCCUUUGGAAGCAAGCUGUGCCCCGUCUGCAGUGUGGAGAGCAUAAUGCUGGGGACCCUGUGGGAGAAGAAGUGCCAGGUUCUUAUUUUCUACCACUGCCCCUUCUACAAGCAGUACCCCUUCCUGUGGCCAGGAAAGAAAAUCCCAGCACCCUGGGCAAACACCACAAGUGUGCGCAAACUCAUUCUCUUCUUGGAGACGACGCUCAGUGAACGGGCCCCGGGCAGCACCUUCCACGUCUCUCAAGCAAUCCUCACCCCCAGAGUGAAGACCAUCGCCCGAGGCCUGGUAGGGGGCCUCAAGAACACUCUGGUUCAUAGGAAUCUCCCUGCCAUCCUGGACUGGGUGAAAACGCAAAAGCCUGGAGCCAUGGGUGUCAACAUCAUCACCUCGGACUUUGUGGACCUGGUGGACUUUGCCACAACCGUCAUUGAGCUGAAUGACCUCCUGCAGGAGGACAGAGCUCUGGCUAAAUGCUGACCGAAAUGUUCGCUUUACUUAAGGUUGAAUUCGUUGAUCCAGGGUAGGCUGGUGAAGGGUUCCCUGUUCGGAUGCCACCGGGCAGGAUGAAGAGAAGAGGGCACCUUUUCUUUUCUUUCCUCAAAGGGCCAUGGGAGCAGAAUUUCAGGGUUUGUCACUGCAUUUUUCCCAAAUGCGACUUUAACCAAAAAAACCAUUUAAGUCCAAGGGAAGAAAGCAUGUUUCGUGUGCUCAAGGUCAGGAUCACCCCAAUGACUGAUGGUGGUCAAUGGAAUAUGGAAAUAGGGUCUCCAAGUUCCACGGGGGUCCUGAGGGUCCCCUAUGUGACCUCUUUCCCCCCACUGUUUUCCAGGACGUUCUGUGAGCCAGUGAGAGAGCUGAUAACAGAAAGGUGUUCCUAGCCCAAAGCACGGCUCUUUGUAGGUGUGGGCCCUGGGCCACCCUGUGAGUGGGCUCCAGCACCCACCUGGACUUCUAUUGUGAGGAAGAGGUUCCGUGCCGGUUCUCGUUAGCGAUGUUGAAUGUUCCCACUUGUUCCCUGAACUGGGCAUGACUGACUGAACAGCAGGUUGUGUCUGCCACAGCUCUUUGGGCAUCGUUUGUGCUGGCAGCUGGUCACCCAAUUUCUUCAGAUUGGAAGCAGCCAUGCUCACUGGCCUCUGUGUCAGCAGUGGGCUUCCCCAUUGUAAACCCGUGGUUAUUUGACAUUUCUUGUGGCCCAUUGUUAACAGUGAAAGGAGCAGGCCUGAGAGAUGUGUUGCAUUGUGGGCUCAGCAGAAGAUGGGCAUGCCUGCCUGUUGCUGGCCGGAGUUCCUUGACUUUCAUUCUGCAGAUUUUCCCAAACUAGCUGCCAGGCAAGCACCUGAAUCCUUUUGGCAGCAUCCUCACUGGAGUGGCAUCUUCAAGCCAGACCGUCCAGUUUUCGUGAUGUUUACCUAGGACCCGAGUCUGCGCUGCGGGCACUACGAGGAGUGGAAGGCGCUUUGUCCCUGACCUCCCGGAGGCGGACGCAGGCUACGCCCAGGAGUGCAGCGGAAGUCAAGGAGGCAGCUCCGCGUGGGAUUGGAGCCGCCCAGCAGCUCCCGGAAAAGCAGACUACCUCGGGACCCUUUAGGAUGACGCCUGGUCAUCCGGGGAAGCACUCCGCCAUGGAACACUUCCCGUUCCUGCCUGGAUGAUUCAGCGCCCACAAUCACCCAUGCCUGAGGGGAUUUGGGUUUUGUUAUUUUAUUGUUGAUAAGAUGUGCUGAUCUAGGAAGAGGCCUCUGGUGUCUGCCUGCCUGCCUGCCUUUAUUUAUUUAUCCCCGUAUUUAUUUAUUUAUUUAUCUAUUUAUUUGUAGCGUGAGUGGCUGCAGGGCUUCUUAGCCCAGGAGCACCCACAAAGACACACGUGUCUCACCCAAGGCAGGCUGUGCCGUGGUCUUCCUCUCAUCAGCAGGACUUCACAACUCAGGACAAUACUGGACCUCUUGACUUCUCCCAUGCCCCUCCCCCCACCCCCCAAUCCUGCUGGGCAGAGAGGGCCUGUGUGCACGUGGUCCAGCUCCAAUAAGCUAGUCCCCACUCCACACACUGGGACCAGAUGAAACGAAACGGGUCCGUGAAGAACGCGUAGUUGUCGAGGCAGCCCCGCAGGUUGACGAAGGAAGGAGCGAGACAGAAAAGAAGGCGUGCAGUGGGUGUGUCCUUUGAUGCUAGGACCCCUGAGAAUCCCUGGGGAAGUCUCAGCUUCCCGAUCUCUCAGGAGGAAGGAUCAACCCAGGAUCCCACGUGGAUAUGUGCUUCCAUUUCCUCGCCUUUGAUGCUCACCUGGAUUUUGCAUGAUACCUGUAAUGGGGGCAUCCUACCUAAGGGUACCCACAAGCACACACCCCCAACUCGCGGUCUUCCAACGUUUCGGUCAAGUCAGUUAAGCCCGGACCGGUAGCUCCCUCCCACUGCUUGAGAAGUUAACAUCACAAAUGCCUCUGGGAAGUUCUGACUUAGCUUCCCCUUGUCUUGCAUUUGGAGGGAGACCUGAGGGCAUAGUGGUUGGGCUGCUGACUUUACUACGGUCAGCAGCCCAAAACCACAGCCGCUCUUCCAGAGAAAGACGGGCCUUCUACUCCCUAAACAGUGACAGUCUCAGAAACCCGCAGGAGCUAGUUCUAC